GCCUGCCAGUCCAUCACCAACUCCUGGAGCUUGCUCAAACUCAUGUCCAUCAAGUCGUGUCCUGGGUCAUGAAACUUAAUCCACAGCAAGCUCCAUUAUAUGGCGACUGUGUUGUUACUGUACUGCUCGCGGAAGAGGACAAAGUUGAAGAUGAUGUAGUUUUUUACUUGGUGUUUUCGGGUUCCACCCUCCACCACUGUACAAGUACUCGGAAGGUCAGUUCUAAUACGCUGGAGACCAUUGCUCCUGGUCAUGACUGCUGCGAGACGGUGAAGGUGCUGCUCUGCGCUUCCAAAGAGGGCCUGCCCGUGUUCGUGGUGGCGGAAGAGGACUUCCAGUUCGUCCAGGACGAGGCCUACGACGCAGCCCAGUUCCUGGCCACCAGCGCCGGCAACCAGCAGGCCCUGAACUUCACCCGUUUCCUGGAUCGCUCAGGACCCCCGCCCACGGACGUGAACUCCCUUGAUGAGAAAGUCGCCCUGGCCUUCAGGCACCUGAAGCUGCCAGCAGAGUGGAAUGUGUUGGGGACAGACGCAGCCUCACACGAUGGUGGCCCCCGGGAGACGUUGAUGCAUUUCGCCGUGCGGCUGGGGCUGCUGAGGCUGACGUGGUUCCUACUGCAGAAGCCAGGUGGCCGCGGAGCUCUGAGCAUCCACAACCAGGAAGGAGCGACACCUGUGAGCCUGGCCUUGGAGCGGGGCUAUCACAAGCUGCACCGGCUCCUGACCGAGGAGGAUGCUGGAGAGCCAGACUCCUGGAGCAGUUUGUCCUAUGAAAUCCCUUACGGAGACUGUUCUGUGAGGCAUCACCGAGAGUUGGACGUCUAUAUGCUAACCUCCGAGUCGGAGCCACACCAGGAGCCCCCACUUCCUGGAGACAGUUGCACUGGACAUAUUUUUAAACUUAUGAACAUUCAACAGCAGCUAAUGAAAACAAACCUCAAGCAGAUGGACAGUCCCACGCCCUCGGGGGUGACAGCACAGGACCCUUCAGGUGCCCCCCACGACCAGGAUGCAGAUGGCCACUUUCUUCCCCGCGCGUCCGAGCACACAGCCAGCCUGCAGCUUGCCUCUCCUGGAGCUGCCGAGAGCUGUCAGCGCUGCCAGGGGAGCACCGUGGGGCAGACUGAGGGCUCCUGCGAUUUGCCAGGUGUGGCCACAGAGGAGGACACAGACCCUUCCUGCAGGAAGAGGAGCACGGGCGUGGCGAGAACAGGAGGUGAGGUGGGGCCAGCACCUGCCACAGACCCUGGAGCGGCGUCUGCUCCCGACAGCUGCGUUCAGAGCCUGCCUGAUGGCAGAGGAGAGGGCCCAGAAGGCCUUCCGUCCUGUGGAGUCAGAGACGAAGAAACUACGUUUUUGGCAGGGGCCACUGACCUGGCGUCCCCAGGCAGUGUCCUGCAGGGGGCUGUGGCCCAGGCCUGCUCUGGAGGCAAGCUGGUGGUCGCUUCGCCAGCAAGUGCCAGCGCCCCCGAGGCUGCAGGAGAAAGGGAACAUGGUCUCGUGCACCCUGAUGCCACCAUCAGGGGGAACAUGCCUGAAGUGGAAGAGAGUAUGAAGAAACGAUUUGAGGACUCCAGUAUCAGCACGGCUGGAGCCUCUGACGGAAAAGUCACAGACGAGCCUGUGGAUGGAGCCAGCCUUCCAGACAGUGUCUUGGCUGCCAGUCCCCUGGAUGCUAACAAACCUGCAGAAUCGAUACUUGCCAUUAGUAAUGGCAAAGCUGUCAUUGACCAGACUGCAGAAACUGAAACUUCUAAAAGCUGUGAAGAGAGUGCUCACACUCCAGGAACCCAGAAUCUUCAGUUAAUUCCAGCUACUGCAGGCGACGAGGUUUCAGAAGGGCUCCAACCCAACACUCCUUUGGCCAGCGUGUGUGCGCCAGGGUCGCCCUCUGAUUUAACCUUGCCCGGGCCGCACAAAGAUGUGACACCUAACCCGAAAUCAGAAGUGGAGUCAUCUGGUGUUCACAGCCAGACCAGCGAGUCACCCGUCUGCUCCGCAGCUGGGGGCGAUAAGCUUCGCUCAGUUCCUGAGUGUCAGCCCAGCACAGGGGCGUCAAGUGGCGUGUCGCCUGCAGAACACUGUGACGACACAGCCCCCCAGCCUGAGAGCACGACCACGGGACGGCUCGGCACGCGGCCCCCGCCCACUGCCAGCUGCCCCAGUGGCCCACAGAACACCCCAGACACCCCAGAAUGUGUGGAUGCUUCUCUCCAAGUUUCAGAUAAAGAAAGCCAAGGAGAAGCUCUGAAAGUGGAGACAUGGUCAGCAGAUCCAGCUGAGGUGGUUCCACACCCGCAGGCCGCUCCCCUCAAGGCUGAGAAAGAAGGGGCGUCAGGCCCGGCUGUGAUAGCAGGCGGGACUGUCUCUCUGGCAGGCAGUCCCGGCAGUGAAUCAGUAACCAAAGAUGACGCACUCUCGCUCGUCCCCUCCCAGAGUGAAAAGGGAAGAGCAGCCCUCCAACCACACACAGAUGGAGAAGAUGGGCCUGACGGAGAUGCGAGACGUCCGGAGGAGCAGCCUCCAGAAGGCGGCGCAGCGGCCCUGGGCCCACCCCCUGCGGUCCUAGACCCGCCGCCCGGCAUGGGGAACGCCAGCCCCGGAGGACUCGCUGGGGAGCAGGAGCGCCCCUCCCUCUCAGCAGCCCCCGAAGCCCCGGCCGUCGAGGGGCCCACCACCUCCGCGCUGCUUCCUGGGGGUCAGGCCGCUGUGACCGAAGGAGGAAAAACUCAGGUGGUUCCUGAGGGCCCAGGAGGUGAGGGUAAAGCCAGGACCUGUCCUGCCACUGGGGACGGCCCUCUCUGCUCAGGAGCAUCGCGGGAAGAGUGCAGACCACCACCUCCUGCGCCAGAGGCCCCGGGGGUCCCCGAAGAGCCCGGCGCAGCGGCCUGUACAGAGAACAGAGCGCUGCAGCCCGGCAGCUCCCCGGGCACACCCUUGGCCCGUCUUCACGCAGAAACUAAACCCAACAAGGAAGUGGCCCCGGCAGCCUCCCGGCCGACGGGAGGUGGGGCCGCACAGGGCCUGGUGCCACCAGGAGCCGGUCUGGCUGCUGACUCCAGCCAGGAUGCCCUAGGUGCAGAGCUGAGCAGCUCAGAUCUGUUAGCAGGUGGGCCCAAGGCGCCGAACUGCAGUCCAGCUUCUUCAGUUCCGGAUGCUGAGGUGGAAAACACCCCAUCUCCGGGAAAGAGCGCCGGCUGUGAGGUGAGUGGAGAUGCAGUGCUGGACAGUGCCCGGGUUCAUGGUCUACAAGAAGUCCUCGGGGCUGGGACAAAGGAUAUAUCUCACAACGCCCCAGACACCUUGUCCUGCCAAGAGGAGAAUAUGAUCCUGGGUUUGCCUGGAGCUUCACCAGCCACAGGUGUGACUAACCCCCAGGGCACCGCGCCCACAGAGCUGGUGGCGCCUCCGGGUGGGGAGAAGAAUCUGGAGGAAGCAGACUGUGGCUCUGUUGGCCCGCAGGAGGCCCAGGGGGACAGUAAGACGCAUCACGACCCGCUGCAGCCUGUAGGUGGAGAGCACCCCCCAGAGAUGGGGCCCUCGGGUGAGGCAAGGGGUGCCCCCGCUCUGCCCUGCACCGUCUCCACCAAAGCCCUGCAUCGGCUCGAGGGUGCCGACUCCAUCGAGGAGGCUGCCAGCCGCAUCGUGGAUUCUGUCAUAGAGCAAGUCAAGGCCUCUGGAGUGCUGAUGACACGGGGGGCCCUCGGGCACAGGUCACCGCCCAGGCCUCCGGAGGCGGGCCCAGGGACAGAGCCCACAGCGCGUGCUUCCGCUGGGGAGACGAGAGCCCUGCAGCCUGCGGAGACCCCGCCGGUGGGUAGUGGUGGCGGAGAAGCCUCUGGGAGCCUUGAGCAGUGCUUUGCCGGAAGUGAGGAGCCAGAGACGGUUCUGCCUGUCCAAGGACCUGCACCAGAGACAGAAAUGCCCGACACGAAAGCUGAAGAUGAAGUGGAUUUUCUGAGUAACACCCGGGAGAGUUCAGUUUCUGAAGAGGCGGCUCUGGGAAAUAGAACUUCUACGCCGGAGGUGAAACAAGGCCCGAAGACCCAGGCGAUAAACCGAGAAAACUGGUGUACCAUUGAGCCGUGCCCUGACACAGCAUCUCUUCUGGCUCCCACGCAGAGCCCAGAAUGUGACAGCUUCCUGGAUGUUGGACUGGGCCAAGAGUGUGCCUCAAAACCAGGUGUCCUUAAAAGAGAAUCUGGGAGUGAUUCUGACCUUUUUCACUCACCCAGUGAAGACGUGGACAGCAUUGUCUUCUCCAAGCCCGAGGAGGAGCAGCUGGCCUGCGAUGUCACUGGAUCCAGUUCCUCCACCGAUGACACGGCGUCCCUGGACCAACAUUCGUCUCACGGCAGUGAUGUGUCCCUCCCCCAGGUUUGCAGUUUGAACAGGUCCAGAGACCCGCAGUGUCUCAACGGCUUCUACAGCCAUGGGCUGGGAGCUGAGGGUCGAGAGAGCGAGAGCGAGCCUGCUGGCUCGGGUGAGAUGGAGGAGGAGGAGAUGGACAGCAUCACCGAGGUGCCCGCGAGCUGCUCUGUCCUGCGGAGCUCCAUGCGCUCUCUGUCCCCUUUCCGGAGGCACAGCUGGGGUCCCGGGAAGAACGCAGCCAGCGAUGCAGAAAUGAACCACCGGAGUUCAAUGCGAGUUCUUGGGGAUGUUGUCAGGAGACCUCCCAUUCAUAGGAGAAGUAUGAGCUGGUGUCCCUCUGGUGUGCAAUACUCUGCUGCCCUGAGUGCUGAUUUUAAUUACAGAAGUUUCAGUCUAGAAGGCUUGACAGGAGGAGCUGGUAUUGGAAACAAGCCGUCCUCAUCUCUCGAAGGAAGCUCUUCAAACACCAAAGAACUCAGGCACCCUUUCAGUGGCCAGGAAAGGGGUGACUCUCUGGUGUCGCUUUCAGAAGAGGAUCUUGAAUCAGGCCAGAGGGAACAUAGAAUGUUUAAUCAGCAGACAUGUCACAGAUCUAAACAACAGGGAUUUAACUACUGUACAUCAGCCAUUUCUUCUCCACUGACAAAAUCCUUCUCAUUAACGACAAUCAGCCAUUCUGGGUUGGACAGUUCACGGCCCUUCCACAGCACCAGUUCUAAUCUGACUGGAAGUAUAACAGAAGAGAACUUUAAUUUCCUGCCACCAAGCCCCAAGAAAGAUUUUGAAAUAAAGAGCGGAACCAAAGUCAGUCGUACGUUCAGCUACAUCAAGAACAAAAUGUCCAGCAGUAAAAAGAGCAAGGAAAAGGAAAAAGAGAAAGAUAAAAUUAAGGAGAAGGAGAAAGACUCUAAAGAGAAGGAGAAGGACAAGAAGACUGUGAACGGGCAUGCAUUCAGUUCCAUCUCCGUUGUGGGUCCCUUUAGCUGCCACCAGUGCAUGAAGCUCUUCACCAGCAAAGAUGCCUACACGUGUGCAAAUUGUGGCGCCUUGGUCCACAAAGGCUGCAGAGAAAGUCUGAGCUCCUGUGCAAAGGUCAAAAUGAAGCAACCCAAAGGGAACAUGCAGGCACACGACACAUCCUCGCUGCCCACAGUCAUCAUGAGAAGCAAGUCCUCCCAGCCUAAGGAGCGCCCUCGGUCAGCCGUCCUCCUGGCCGAUGAAACCACUGCUGCCCCCGUGUUUGCUAACAGACGGUCCCAGCAGAGCACCAUGCUUUCCAAAAGCGUCUCCAUUCAGAACAUCGCUGGAGUUGGCAACGAUGAGAACAUCUCGAACACCUGGAAGUUCCUGUCCCACUCAACAGACUCGCUGAAUAAAAUCAGCAAGGUCAACGAGUCCACGGAGUCCCUUACGGAUGAGGGAGUAGGUACAGACAUGAAUGAAGGACAGCUAAUGGGAGAUUUUGAGACUGAGUCCAAACAGCUGGAAGCAGAGUCUUGGAGUCAGAUCGUGGAUAGCAAGUUUCUGAAACAGCACAAGAAAGAUGUCGUCAAGCGGCAAGAAGUGAUUUACGAGUUGAUGCAGACAGAGUUCCACCACCUCCGCACCCUCAAGAUCAUGAGUGACGUCUACAGCCGGGGCAUGAUGGCCGACCUGCUCUUCGAGCAGCAGAUGGUGGAGAAGCUGUUCCCCUGCUUGGAUGAACUCAUCAGUAUCCACAGCCAGUUCUUCCAGCGCAUCCUUGAGCGGAAGAAGGACUCCCUGGUAGAUAAAAGCGAGAAGAACUUUCUCAUCAAGAGGAUCGGGGACGUGCUUGUGCAGCAGUUCUCGGGGGAGAAUGCCGAACGCUUAAAGAAGACAUACGGCAAGUUUUGUGGGCAGCACAACCAGUCUGUGAACUACUUCAAAGACCUCCACACCAAAGACAAGCGCUUUCAGGCCUUCGUGAAGAAGAAGAUGAGUAGCUCGGUCGUUCGGAGGCUGGGAAUCCCCGAGUGCAUAUUGCUUGUAACCCAGCGGAUCACCAAAUACCCGGUUUUGUUCCAGAGAAUGCUGCAGUGUACCAAAGACAACGAGGCGGAGCAGCAGGACCUGACACAGUCCUUGGGCCUGGUGAAGGAAGUGAUCAGCGCCGUGGACAGCAAGGUGGCAAGUUAUGAAAAGAAGGUCCGUCUGAACGAGAUCUACACGAAGACCGACAGCAAGUCGAUCAUGAGGAUGAAGAGCGGCCAGAUGUUCGCCAAGGAGGACCUGAGGCGGAAGAAGCUGGUGCGGGACGGGAGCGUGUUUCUGAAGAGCGCGACCGGGAGGCUGAAAGAGGUUCAGGCGGUCCUAUUGACUGACAUCUUGGUCUUCCUUCAAGAAAAAGACCAGAAGUACGUCUUUGCGUCAUUGGACCAGAAAUCAACAGUGAUUUCCCUGAAGAAGCUGAUUGUGAGGGAAGUAGCGCACGAGGAGAAAGGCUUGUUCCUCAUCAGUAUGGGGAUGAAGGACCCGGAGAUGGUGGAAGUCCACGCCAGCUCCAAGGAGGAGCGCAACAGCUGGAUUCAGAUCAUCCAGGACACGAUCAACACCCUGAACCGAGAUGAAGAUGAAGGAAUUCCUAGUGAGAACGAGGAAGAAAAGAAGAUGUUGGACACCAAGGCCCGGGAGUUAAAAGAGCAACUUCAGCAAAAGGACCAGCAGAUCCUGCUCCUGCUGGAAGAGAAGGAGAUGAUUUUCCGGGACAUGACUGAGUGCAGCACGCCCUUGCCAGAGGACAGCUCCCCAACCCACAGCUGUAGAACCCUCUUCCGCUCCAACACAGAAGAGGCUCUCAAAGGAGGACCUUUAAUGAAAAGUGCAAUAAAUGAAGUGGAGAUCCUGCAGGGUCUGGUGAGCGGCAGCCUAAGAGGCUCUCUUGGGCAGGUCGUCAGCAGCCCCUCGGAGCAGGAGGGCGUGGUCGGCCCCGUGUCCCUGCCCCGGAGAGCGGAGACCUUUGGAGGGUUUGACAGCCAUCAGAUGAACGCUUCAAAAGGAGGUGAGAAGGAGGAGGGAGACGAUGGCCAGGACCUCAGGAGGACCGAGUCGGACAGUGGUCUGAAAAAGGGUGGAAAUGCUAACCUGGUAUUUAUGCUUAAAAGAAACAGUGAGCAGGUCAUCCAGAGCGUCGUCCAUCUCCACGAGCUCCUCAGCACUCUGCAGGGCGUGGUGCUGCAGCAGGACAGCUACAUCGAGGACCAGAAGCUGCUGCUGAGCGAGCGGGCACUCACGCGGACGGCGUCGCGGCCCAGCUCUCUCAUCGAGCAGGAGAAGCAGCGCAGCCUGGAGAAGCAGCGCCAGGACCUGGCCAACCUGCAGCGGCAGCAGGCGCAGCACCUGGAGGAGAAGCGGCGGCACGAGCGCGAGUGGGAGGCCCGCGAGAGGGCGCUGACGGAGCGCGAGGCGCGCCUGGCGCAGCGCGAGGACGAGCUGCGGCGCGGCCGCCAGGACCUGGAGCACGAGCGCGACGGGCUGCAGCAGCGCAAGGCCGCCUACCAGGGCGACCUGGAGCGCCUGCGCGCCGCCCAGCGGCUGCUCGAGCGCGAGCAGGAGCAGCUCCGGCGGGACUCGGAGCGGCUCAGCCAGGUUUCGUAUCAAAACACCAAGCUGCUGCGGAUCCCAUCCUUCUCUCCGAACCCCGAGGAGACCCCCUCGCCACCUGCACCUUCAAUAGCCAAAUCAGGGUCAUUGGACUCAGAACUCUCGGUGUCCCCCAAAAGGAACAGCAUGUCUCGGACACACAAAGAGAAGGGGCCUUUUCACAUGCUGGGUUCCGCCAGCCAGACAAACAGGGCGCCAGAGGCUCAGAGCCAGACCCCAGUGUCCACGUCCACGUCCACCCGCCUGUUCGGGUUAGCUAAGCCAAAGGAAAAGAAGGAGAAAAAGAAGAAGGGCAAAGGAAGCCGCUCACAGCCUGGGGAUGGCCCUGCUUCGGAGGUACCCGCUGAGGGGGAGGAGAUUUUCUGCUGA